GCAGCCGGGCAGGGCUGUGUUUUGCCGCUCGGUGGCUCUUGAUGGGGCUGGGGGCAGGCAUGGCGCAGCGGCUGAACGAGCUGCCCGAUCACUCGGCACGGGUACGCGGGGCCGUGGCCGAGCUGCGGCGGCGGGCGGAGGCAGAACCCGGGCAGCGCUGGCCGCAGCAGCUCAGCGACGCCUUCCUGGUGAGGUUCCUGCGAGCCAGAGACUUCAACCUGGAUCUGGCCUGGAGGUUAUUGAAGAACUACCAGAAGUGGAGAAUGGAAUGCCCAGAAAUAAGUGCAGACUUGCAGCCAUUUUCUGUCCUUGGUCUAUUGCGUGCUAACUAUCUUGGAGUCUUGAGAUCAAGAGACCCGUCUGGAAGCAAAGUCCUAAUAUACAGAAUUGGACAAUGGGAUCCCACGUCAUUUACGGCAUACGAUGUGUUUCGUGUGAGUCUGAUCACAUCUGAACUCAUUGUAAAGGAGAUUGAGACUCAGAGGAAUGGAGUCAAGACUAUCUUUGAUCUUCAAGGGUGGCGAUUUGCUCAUGCAUUUCAAAUCAGUCCAGCAGUGGCCAAGAAAAUUGCUGCUGUGCUCACAGAUUCCUUUCCACUAAAAGUUCGAGGUAUCCACUUGAUUAAUGAGCCUUUAUUGUUCCACCCAGUCUUCGCUCUAAUUAAGCCUUUUCUCACUGAAAAAAUAAAGCAGCGGGUGUAUAUGCAUGGAAGUAACUACUUGCAGAGUCUGACUGAACACUUUCCAGUCAGCAUUCUUCCACAGGAAUAUGGGGGGCAAGGAGGUUCCUUUGAAGAGCUAGCCAAGGAAUGGACUGACUUCAUAAUGGCAUCUGCAGAUUAUCUCCAGAGCAUUUCUCUGGUUGCCCGUGAAUAACCUUUUGAGAGUAUUUUAUCAAUUCCUGAAGACUGGAAGUGGAAAUAAAUUUGAUAUGAAAUCUUUCUUGUAAACUUGAAAUCAUAGUAAAUUAAAGCAGAAUGUCUAUUCAGAGCAGAAUUACAUUGACUGCACUUUUAUACUAACUGGAGUAUAUCAAUAUGUAUGUCCAAGGAGACUAAUGAUUUCUACGUUUGUAACUGGUAAAGCUGCAUGCCAGUAGUUUUACACUGUAUAUCAGAUAUUGAUACAGCUCCUGUUAAAUCUUGGAAGACAACUUAUUAAUUAAUGCAGUCCAGAAUCCUUAUGCUUAGUUAUUUUAUCUUGGCUUGUCAAGAUGAUAAGAUACAAAGCCAAGUAAUUACAGUAGAACAGAAUAUAGAUGGGGUAGACUAGAUGCAGAAGUAUGAAUACAGGCCUAAUUUACAAGUAGGGGGCUGCUUUUCUAAUUGAUUCUCAGGGAAAUGGCUGUUUUGUAAGUUUGUGCUGCUAAGAUCACACAGUCAAAUAAUGAAUUAGUCAUCACUACUGAAACAUUUGUUAUUUUUAUGCUGCUUGUGCAAUUUCCCUUUUUGUGCUAAUUGACACAGUAAAUGAGUAGAUGAGGAAAAUGCCAUGUACGUAUUCAAAGGAGAGUGUGAAUCAGGAGGAAAUGGUAAGAGAGGAAAAAAUGUUGAUUUUCUUUCUUCAAAGAGAUGUUGUCUGCAGAUAAGCUAUAAGCAACUCAGUAAUGCGAACUCUUAAUUUCUGUUGUACAUUGCUGCGGAGGUCAACAGCUCUUUGCUGGCUGCAGUAUCUGUCUUGAAGGGUGAAGUGUAUUAUUCUUCAUGGAUUGAGAACUUAGAAAUACCUGCUGUGUGGUUUAAGGGUGCUUUGGACCUUAGCCUAGGAGAUGUCUAGGAGAUUUUUAUUUUCAGAAAAGUGAUCUUGCCAGCCUGUGUAGUGUUGGACACUGGAAGAAUUUGUUAUUAAUUUCUGUUGAGUCCUCUUUUGUAUUUCUGUAAUGAAAAAAGCUAUCUAUACUUACAGAGAAUAGAUUUUUAAAGGGACACAAUUCAUGUAUAAAUGCUGUAUGUGUAUAAAAUGCUGCAUGUAUUACACAGCAGUAUCAUCCUACAUUCCUCAGGAUUUAAUAAUCUAAAGCGGUAAUUUAUUUUUCACUGUUCCUGGUUUUUUGUUUUGUUUUUAAAAUUUCUAUUAAUACACCAACUGCUGGAAUUUGUAUACUCGGUUUUUAUCAGUUUUAUAACAAGCCAGAGAAAGUUCAUGUAAGUUUUAAACAUUUAGCAUUCCAUCUAAAUGUUCAUCAUAACAGUGUAUUUUUCAGGUGGCUAGAAAUGCUAACUUCUGUUAUCUUAAAACAUGUAGGACAUUGGGAUGUUGUAUUAAUAAAUGGUUAGGGGAGAGAAAAGAGAGUAUCCUAUGAAAUCAGAAACAUUUUACUUUAUCGUUGAUACUUCAUUAUUGCAAAAGCCAGCAGAAGCUAUUAUUUUAUUAGCGUGUGUAACAACUGUGAAAGGCCUACACAGUAUGUGUUGGUCAGAGUUUCCUUUGCUGCCUAAGUUCAAUGUCAGAUAGAAGAUUCCUUCAAAACUGACCAGAGUUUUCCUUUUUCUGUUCUCUUAUUUCCUCAAGUGCAUUCUCAUUCUUUUAUUUCAGGAUAUCUUUGAUGCAGAGCCUAAAUUCGAAUAAGUAUUUUUCAUAUAUUCAUAUAUUUCAUAUCCUACUUUUUAUCUGAUUGAACUAUUUUGUGAUAUGAAAAAGCUCUUUAAAUAGUUCUGUCGAGGUGAUUAUUUUUUAUAAGAAAAUAAGUAGUCGGUCAUUUGGCAGUUCUUCAGGUGUAUAACUCAAGUUCCAAGUCAUUUAUGAGAUAGAGAACUGAAGCUAUUGCACUAACAUUAAGCUCUCUGUUUUAAUCCUUGAAUGUACACCAUGUAAAGGAACAAACCAUGUUUCUGUGAACAGGUUACUGUGAAACCCAUCUCUUAUCAUUGCAGUUUUAUCUAACAAAAACUAAAUUCUUUCAUUUGAUUGUUUACAUAGAGAAAAAGAUGUGUGGCUUUUAUCUUCAUUUGAACUAUACUAUCUCUAUGAAGUCCUAAAUAUGGUCAAAAAAUAUCCUGGACCUACUAAUAAAUGGUAACAUGAAUAUGUAGUGCAAUAGAGCACUGGAUGCAGUAAGUUUUUUCAUGAACUGUUAAUUAUUUUUAAUGUUUACAUGUUAAGUAGAACUUAAAAGCUCUGGAGGAGGAACAACUGUCACUGCUGCUAAUGACAUAAAAUAAUCAGGAGAUGUGUGUAAAAAAAGGGAAAGUGUGAUGUGUGGAGAUAGGUCAACUGCAAAGUAAACUUGCUCGUGCCUUACUCUUCUCUAACAAGACUAGGAGUGCCUUUAAAAAAUAAUCUUGCUGUUAAACGCUGCUACUGCCUAUAAGUGUGAUUUAAUGCACCUUUUAAUUCUUUUAUUUUUUUACAUGUUAACAUAAUUAUAUUAAUAAACCUUUUCUAGUUCA